GGUUGGUAUAUCCGAUGAGGAGAGACAUAAACAAGGCGGUAGUAGCUGCUUAGCAAAUUAGCAAAUAGGAAAAAUAGAAAUUUGUAGUUAAAUUCAUGAUUUCAUUAAUUAAUCAUAAUUACAAAAAUUACUUAGCUUCUUCUUAGAAAUCAUCGAACGAUUUCAACCGUAUUUCCCUUUCUCUCUAUUCAUUCAACAAAUCAACGCUUCUUCUUCUUCACCCAAAUCCAUGGCUUCUUCUGUUACUGCUGCUGUUUCUACUUCUUUCCUUCUCACCAAAUCCGCAUCAUCCAUAAACAAGAUGAACCAUUCUCAUGUCAAGAUCAAGCCACCUGGCUUGUCAUUGAAUCUUAAUCGUCAACAGAGAUUGCAAUUUUCUUCAACCAGAAGGCCUCUAAUUGUUCAAGCUACAUAUAGUGAUGAUGGAAGACCCAGCAGUGCCAGCCUCUUUGUUGGCGGCUUUAUCUUGGGAGGAUUAAUCGUUGGCACUCUUGGCGCCGUGUAUGCACCUCAGAUCAGCAAUGCUAUAGCUGGAACUGACAGGAAGGAGUUAAUGAGAAAACUGCCAAAGUUCAUAUAUGAUGAAGAAAAGGCUUUAGAGAAAACACGUAAAGUACUGGCCAAUAAGAUUGAACAAUUGAAUGCUGCUAUAGAUGAGAUUUCUUCUCAGCUUAGGUCAGAGCAGACCCCAAAUGGAGUAGCUGUGAACUCUGACGAAGUUGAAGCUGCCACAUGAGACUGUUGCUGUGAUGUUGGCCAUUACUCUGUUCCCUGAAAAUAUCGUUGGUACAAAAUCCAUUUUGAAUUACUUGUAAUAUCUUUCCAUUUCUUCAUAUAGUAUUAAACAGAGUUGAUGACAACCUCUACUAGGUAAAUUUGUCAUUUCGAUCGGAGGUCUCUUGUGCUCUAUUUCUAUCAGUACUUUUCCUUUUUUUAGUGAAAGAUUAUGGAAAUUACUACUAGUUAACCGUUUCUGGUUUGUAUGGUUUUAAUAAUCAGUGUUCAAUUGCUUAGACAGUGAACAAUAUCACUUUGGAUUCUCCAUAAAGGAUGUUGUCACUUUUACAGCAAACAUGAAAUAGAUGAUAACUAUGGAUUCAUA